CACAUGUGCUGUUUCCUUUUCCAGUUGUAAAGGGGUCAGGAGCCAGGCAAGGAGAGCCCGAACAAGAGGAGCAUUUUCCUGGGCUCUUCCAGCUGUUCUGUUCAAUCCUGCCGUCGGUUCUGAGCAGGGAAGAGAGACUGUCAAGACAAAUAAGGCAUUUUUCAAAGGCGUAAAUUAUGAGUUACCAAAACAAUACAACAUCUCAACCACAUGAAGACAUCGAGACCCCCACAGCUGGAGCAGAUGUGGCUGUUAUUGGAGGUGUGAUUGCUGCGGUGGUAUUUGUCCUCAUUUGCCUGCUGGUGGUGAUGGUCCGGUACAUGUACAGGCAUAAGGGCACCUACCACACCAACGAGGCAAAAGGAACUGAGUUUGCUGAAAGCGCAGAUGCUGCUUUGAAAAAUGACCCUGCUCUCCAGGAAGCAGUGGAUGAGAGCAAAAAGGAAUAUUUCAUCUGAGAGGCAAGGAUUUCCAUGGAGACUUCCCCAAGGGAAUCAAUCAGAAAUGCUACAUCAACAGAAGGGCUGAGAGAUGGAUAAUAUGAGGAGACAGGCAAGCAUCCUAAUUGAAAAGUAUCUCUUUACUUUUUUUUUUUUUUGUCACUGCGUUGUUUCUUUUCCUCCACCGGUGAAGAACUAAAUGCCAGAUACUUGCCUGUUGAUUUUAUUAGCAACACAGCUGGUCACAGUUGAAAUCAGUAUCAGAUAAGAAGAAACAAAAUCUCAGUAUGAGUGAUACACCAAAACCAGGUACAGAUAGCAAAUGUCAAGCCUUGACAUUUGGUGAAAAUAGCAGAUGCCAAUGGAAAACACCCUCUUAGAGCUAAUGAUGCAUCCUAUGUUGAUAUGAUACAGAACUACCUGAAAUUGAAUUUCAAAUGGUCACAGAACAAACAUUAAACUAGAUAAAGCUGAUGUAGCUGCAACAAAAAUAGCUUUAUAGCCCAGAUAUCUCCCCCUUCCCCUUAAAUGUGCAAUUUUAUGGGCACAGGGGACUUUGCUUUGUUUGUUUGGGGAUUUAGAUUGGGAAUUUUUACAUUGUUUUUUGGAUUUUAUAUAUAUAAAAGUCAAAGACACUUCAAAGAAAUAAACUGAAAACAUGGAAAAUGUAAGAAUGAAGGAUUUUUUUCUAACUUGCUCUGCAUGGCAGCUUGAGAACUGCAAAAUGUUGGAAGUCACAAUGUAGUGUAUAAUAGUCAGUGGACUUACAAAUAGGAUUCCAGUUAGUUGGUAAGUUCCCUGCACCCAUGCAUAAAUAGAUAGAAAUUUAAAGGUAAAGCAUUUUGGUUUGAGCAGGCCUUUUGAAACAAUGGAGCUCAGUUAGAUUUUUUUAUGUAAGACAUUUUUGCCUGAGUAUUUAUUUAUUUAUUUUGCAUUGGAAAAUUCUCUUGAAUGCCCGCCAGCAGAAUUUUGGGUUUUUUCAGGGAGAGGAAUUCAGUUCUGGUGCAGAUACAGAUACAGAUAAAUCUUUCACAAAUGCAACUAUAAGACUGCCACUAUAAAUAAGCUUGUUCAUCUGCAUCCCACUGGCUUGUAUUGAUGUCUCCCUCUGUAUGGCCUCUGUAUUGUGCUAGGUAAGAGAAUUAUACCUACGAUCGAUGCUUUAUUAUAAAUAAAUAAAUAGAUUAGUCAUGGUGGGCCACAUGAAAAGAUCUUGUUCCUCGCCUAAGAAUUGACAGUGAUGAGUUUCUUUACCCCAGUAAGUUGGCUUCCUAAUUGGAGCCCACAAUUAGCUCUGGAAAGGGGAUAAUUGUUCUCUGCACCUGCUCAUCCCCAGCUGCGUUGGUGCCCUGGACUACUGAAAAUAGAGGGGGAGAAACACAUGAUAACAAAUAAGACAUUGAUGAGCUCUGCUAAAUUCAAUAUGUUUUUUCCUGUGUUUUAAUCUAUAUAUGUAUGUACAUAUAUAUAAAAUUAUCUACAACUGUGCUUUCAAGUCAUUGAUGAUCACUUGUGCUCAUUUCUUGGCACUAAAGCUUGGAGAGCUCCUGGACUCCAGUAUUCAUUAUCAAAAAUGGCCACAAAAAUGCUGGAAGAGAAGACAGAUCUGAACAAGAAAAGGGGACUCAAGUGACAAAAUGGGACAAUUUUGUCUUUUAAUCACAAUCUCAGUCUUUUCUCAGUUCCUGAAGGAGAUGGACUCUGAAUUAUUCUUAGAAUCCAAAUACCUUUGAUUUUUUAAUCUUAAAUCCCUGUGUGCUUGCAUUAUAACCAAAGAAUAUCAUAAUCGUGCCAAAUUUACUAAAUGCUGAAGAUAUUUUUUGUAACAUACUAUUGCACAACCAUGUUGUAUUCUGUGGCUAGCGCAGUAUAAAAUGCACAAAACCCAGCACUAGUAGAGCUCAAAUAUUUUGAUAUUAUACAUCUGACUCUUUCUUCUAAGGUACAUUACUAUUUUAUUCUUUUUACCACUUUUUUGUAAGAUAUCUGGCUUUAUUUUUCUGGGACAAGUGUUGGAGAAAUUCAUUAAACUUAUCUGUAAGACUGAAUUUGUAAAGCUGAAGACCCCCGACCCUCCAGUUCAAUAAAAAUGUAAAUAUUUCCUCUGAAGACAGGGUAAAUGGGGUGACUUGAGCUCUGUGGCAUCUCCCACACAAGGUGUGGGAACACCAAAACACUUUCCUGCAGUGCUAGCAGGACUUACAGAGGACUACUAGCCUCUUGUUUCCUUUCAUAUAUGCAGAACCAUGUAAUGUUAGUUUGGCUGUUAAAGAAAAUUUACUUUAGAGGAAGGUGUGAGGGACAUGGGGAAGAAAUUCCUGCCUGUCUCCCCAGUCAUGAAAUUCUGGUUUUUGCUACUUGAGCCUGCUGAUUAUAAUUAGACAACUGUGUCAUACUUGAUACACAGGAGGACCUGAAUUAGUGUCUCUUUUGGGGUGCGUGUGAUUUUUGUAAUUAUGGGGUGAACUGAGACAGACUAACUGUCCACGCUGGAACUAUAGAGACCAGAUUUUCUGGUGGUACAACAUAAGUUCAGUGGAGCUCAGUCAAUUCUUACCAGUUCAGUCAACACCAGGCUUUGUGUCAUUGCUUCCCCUAAAUCUGAACUGAAUGCAACUACGGGUCUUUGACUAUAUCACUUCUUAGUAGCUUAAUUAAAUCUCUUUAUCCCAUUUUCCCUGUUCAUCUAGGCUGACAAACAGUUCAAACAUAGAGGAACAGCUUCCCUGUUGGUAACAAGCCACUUUGAAUACUUCCAGAGCAGUGACUAUAGCAAGAGCUGUGGUUUCAGUUAGCUUAUUUUUCACAGUAUCCUUUUGGGUUCCAGGCCUUUACAUAUUUGGAAAUGACUCAAGCACACUGAAUGGAGAGAAAAGAUGGUUUGUGAAGAUUUUCUAAUUAUUUGGGUUUUUCAGGACAAAUUUUGCUUUGUAAUGAAGAAAGCUCAUGACAUGUGAUGACUGGCAGACUCUAAUGGCUUCAUCCUGCUAUUUUCUACUUAUACAAUAACUCUACUGUCUUAAGUCAUUCAAUGUAGUUGUGAAAAGAGUGCAUGACAAACUUCCUAUAACAUUUAGGACUAAUUAGCAAAACAUCCUUCUGCAAGCAACAUGCUGUGCUAAAACAAACAUCAUGUGCAAUGCUGAAGCAUCCCAGUUGACAGCCAUAGCUUUUGAUCACUGAUGAUGAAAUGAUUUUUACAAUUUGCUUCCUGAAUAGAAUUAAGGAAACAGUUUCUUUUUCUCCCACAUACUUUUACCCCAGGUCUCUCCACUGCUGUGGCCUGUUGUCCCGCAGCUCUCUGGUGCCCCAUCUCCCCAACUGUGACUGCCAUUCUUGCUUGCUGUCCCCCAGGUUCCUAUCUAGACCCCUACUGCGUUUCCUAUGGCAAAUGAUUGGCCAUUUACUUAUGCAUUUAUUUAUCUGGUUUUAUCCAUGAAGAUACCAUGUCCCUCUCUGUCAGACCAGAACCAAUUUUCAAAAAGGUUUAGGUUUGGAUUGCCAAUCCUGUGUCAAAUUUGGUCAAACAUGACCAACCUGACCUGAGAUUGAUUUACAGAGUCAUCAUGUAUGCCACAUGUUGACAGAAAACGGGCUUAAAAAUAGCACUGCAAGCUCGGUAGUUAGUCAAAUUUAGUGCUAUAAACUCCAGUGUUCACUAAACAAGGGAGUAGCAUGAUGAUCCCUCAAGCAACUUGUUUUUUUCCUGAGGCCUUAAUGCCCUAUGAAAGAUUGUUGAAUCCCACUUUGCAUAGAAAGCCACAGGUCUACUUUUAAAAGUAUAAGUCAUUUUUAGAUGAUGUACAGGAAAGCUGUGCAUUGAAAUAACCAAUAUUUGCUGGGGCUGGAAUAGAAAAGAUAAAUAUGAUCUUAUAGGAACAUCAGACAUUUUUAAAAGAUAUAUGGAAAUGACAAGAGUUAAACACAAAAUUUCUGAUUAUGUGGGCAAGCUUUAAGAGUGGGUCCAUGGAGCUUUCGAAUUCUCUUACUGGAAAAACCCAUUGCUUUCAAAGGAAUAUGAGUCUCUUUUUAAAUCAUCUCUUGGGAAACUUGAAAACAAUCUUCACAGAUUCAAUAUUCUGCUAUUCUGCUUUAACAUGUGGAACUCAAUUUCUUCUAAUUUUUGGAGCAUACCUGUACAGUCCUCCCCUGCACAAAAAUGACUGCUAGACAGUGUCAGCCCCUAUAGCAGCAUUACAGCUCAGCAGAGUAAUUCUGUCCAAAAGCAGCCAGUCACAAAUGCGUGUCUGGCCACCCAUUGCUGGACCCGGUAUGCAUAUUUUUCUGGGGCUUGGCCUCUAUCAUUCCAGGUUUUCCUGAGAUCCAAUGUGACAUUGCACAUUAAUGCAGUCCUGAGGAGGAUUUAAUCAGCCACUAGUCAAGGUAGCUUUUUUUUU